AUGGUGCCUCCAGCUGGUGGCGGCUCCAAGGCUGCAGCUGAGCGGACGACAUGGCGUGGGCGGACGGCGGAGGGCGCACUCUGUAUUGUGGCACCGACUUUGGAUCCUGCGCUUGUUGAGGUCAUUGUCUUUCUCCCGCCGUCACUGCCGAGCAUUGAGCUGGUGCCGGUCGAGUCGGUGACCCAAGUCGACGACGCUGUGUUUGACACAGCGUUGCAAGUGGCACGUGCACAGGCGAGCGGCGGCGCAGCUGGGCCGCCAGCAUCGACAGUCUCACGUGCGCAGUUUGAGUCGAUUGCUUUUGAGUUCUCUGGCCCGCGCAAGCCGACCCGCACCAUCGGGCGCCGCAAGUCGCUCCAUCCGUCGGCUCCAAGUCGAUCGAUGACGGCGUCGUCCGGACUGGUCUCUGCGGCGGCCACCGCCGCCGCCCUCGGGCCCAUCCGCCCGCCCAAGCCGGCGCCAGCCGCUGCCGUCCGCCCACCCGCACCGUCGGCGGCUGGUGCCACAAGCGGCGCCGCCGCUGGUAAGGUCCGCAAGCGCGGCCGCAAGAAGCGGCGCACCACCGAUGCGCGGACCGGCAAUGCCAUCACGCUCGGCUCGCUCCUCCCGCACGCCAUGUACCACGGCGAGUUGCGCAAGCUGGCGUACUGGACCAAAAAAUGGAACCGCCGCUACAUUGUCCUCGCUGAUGCUUGCCUCUACUGGUUCGGCUCUUCGGACACCCGCGGCGUGACCCGCAACUCGAUCCCGCUCAUCGGAUACUCGAUCCAGUCUUCGCCCAAGUCGUCGCAGUUCUCGCUCGUCCCGCAUCCGUCCACCAAGUUUUCGACCUACCAUCUCAUGGCCGACUCGGUCCUCCAGGCCCGGCUCUGGGUCAAGCUCAUCUCGUACGUCGCCCGCGGCCAGCCGGUCGACAUGUCGAACCCUCCCGACGACAUCGCGCAGCUUGUACGCCUCGGCGCUGCCCUCGACUCGCCGUACGCCUCGGACGACGGCUCUGUCGAGCUCUAUCUUCCUACCUCGAAUGCCGACCGCUCCGCCGCCACAGACGAUGACGACGACGACGACCCAUCGGUCUUCUCGCGCGACUCGUCGUCAGUCGCCGGCUCGCCUGACUCGCCACCUCCGGCCGCCGCCGCCGCGUCAGGCGUGGCGCGUCUGCAGGCUGCCACGAGUGCCCGCCACAACUCGACAGCAGCCGCUCUCGCUGAUGCUCGUAGAUCAGCGCUUGUCAUCCGCGAAGCACGCGGCCGCCGCUCGUCGGCACCGAUGGGCCCAACCCUUGCCGCCAACGCCCGCAAGGCCGUCGACAUGGAGGCCGACCUCAGCUCGGAGGUCUUUGUCAAGCGCGAGAAGGCGACGACCAAGGCCUUUGCCAAGUUUACAAAGUGCUAUGUCGUCCUCGCCGACGCCGUUCUCUACAUCUUCACCUCGGCCGACGACAUGACGCCGGUCUCGUUCUUUCCGGUUGCCGACGCCAUCAUCUGGCCAGUCUCGCAGGAGGUCCAGCGCGCGUACUCGAUCGGCGUCCAGCCCAUCACCAUUUCGUCGAACGCCUUUGGCACCCUCCGCCGCAAGUCGCGGAUGCACAACCCGGCGGCCAAGGUCCAUCCGUGGUUCUUCUCCCUCGGCGAUGGCUUCCAGUACGCAAACUGGAUGACAGCCCUCGCCCAGGCCUCGUCGCGCCUUCCCGUCCUUCUCUACGAGCUGCCGUCGGCCCACUCAAUCGCCGCCUUCAAGGCCAAGCACCAUGCCAAGGACGGCAAGGGCUCGGCCGGCCUCUCGGUCUACCUCCUCCGCAAAGAGGCGUCCUUUGAGGGCUGGGUCUUCAAAAAGUCCAAAUUCAAAAAGGUGUGGAAGCCGCGGUUCAUGCUCCUCCACGAGCGCACCUUUUACUACUUUGCUUCGGAUGAUGCUCUCAAGCCGCUCGGCUCGUGCUACCUCCCGGGCUACCAUGUCACCUCUGUUCCCGUCACUGACGCCGCAUUCGAGGCUGAGCGCUACGAGUUUUCCGUCACCCACAUCGACCAGAAAAAGUAUCUGCUCGCCACCGACGACCUCGCCGCCCGCGACGAGUGGCUUGCCGCCCUCAAGAGCGCCGCCUUUGUUGAGACAGACUCCAAGAUGCUCACUCGAGAGGUCCUCGCCGCCGCCGGCAAGCUCAAGCACCUCGAUCAGAGCCCCGUCCUCCCGAGUGCAGAGCUGCCGGCCAUCUCGAUCACUCUCGACGAUGACUCCAACCUGCCGAGCUCCGCCGUCGACUCGUCGCUCUCUGUCGCUGACACCACCACUACCGCCGCGACCGCGCUACCCGCUGCAACUUCCGCUUCGGACUCGGACUCGGACGCCAGCUCCUCCUCCUCGUCGUCAUCAUGCUCGUCCACCUCGCUCCCGCCGCCCGAUGCAGGUUCUGCUGCCAGUGCCACGGCCGAGUCAUCGGGCUCGGGCUCGGGCUCGGGCUCGGGCUCGGAUGCCGCCGCCGCUCUGCCUGCCGAGCUUGGCGGCAACGGCGACACUUCCUUUAUCACCGACUACGCCAACGACAAGGCGUACCAAGAGUGGCUCGCUGGAUUUCUCAAGCGCCAACAGGGCGGUGAGUAUGAGUACGAGUACGAGUACGAGUCUGAGGAGACCGACAAUGUACACGGCGACGAUGGCGCAGAUCUUGAUGGCGCGUCGUCGGGCUCGACCGUUGUUGUCUCGGACGACGACGACGGCGAUGCUGACGAUGCCGCUGUUUCGGGUGCUGGCUCAACCCAGGUCGACGACGUCGCAGUCUCGGUCUCCGACUCGGACGAUGACAAUGCCGGAGGUCUGAGUUCCGGUUCGACCCAAGUCGAAGAUGUAGUCGUCCCAGCCUCGGACGACGACGACGACGGCUCCGCCACGCCACCGCUGCCGUCCAACAACGUGGCGCCCACCGCAAGCUGGGAUUGAAACCUCGGACAGCCCGCGGCCUUUUUGACGCGGCUAGAGGUCGUGCAUGGCGACGUCGGUGACAGCGCCAGUCGUGGCCGACUCGGCAGCGUCGGCAGCCGUCGUCAGUGCUUCCGCGGCUGCAGGAUCCAGGUCUACUGCCUCCUUCUCUAGCCACUCGGCAACGUGCGCGAGUCGCUCGGUCGUCGCCGAAUACGCUCCACUACGCUCGGCCCGGAUCUGCAUCAUGUCGGUGGCAAAGCCGAUGACGGCAACCACAACGAGCGCGACAAGCCCGAGCACGACGCAGACAAAGAUGACUCUGUCGGCGGAGCCAGCACUUCCAUCAGCCCGCCGGUCCGAGUACGAGAACACGCCCAUGACCAGGAUGAACAGGAGGACCGCUGUAAGCCGAAGCUCCAGGCUGUUGUAAAUCGGAAAGUAGAACGGCUGGAAUCGGAUGACCAGGCAGAGAG